AGUCAGAGUAGGAGGAGGAGGAGGAGAAGAAGAGGGACGAACUGGGAGUGCCAUGCCUGGUCUAUCAGACUGUGUGGACUGGUUUAACUUGUCACUGAGCCUUUCGGGCAAACAAUGUAUUUCAGUCACAGAAAAUAGUAAGUAGUAAAGUUAAAAAGAAGGGAAAAGGCAACCGGGAACACCGAGGCGUCGCGACAGAACAACUACGCAGGAUGGGCGAGCGGGCGGACACUGCGUUUAAAACCACUGGAUCCGAGUGGCUGCUGCCUGUCAGUGAAAACUUGGGAUUUCCCCUUGACCAGGUGAAUUUUUUGGCGUGUCAGCUAUUUGCCCUGGCUGCUGCCUUCUGGUUUCGUCUCUACCUCAGUCCUAGCCAUGCCAAUCCCCUGGUCAGACAUGCCGUGGCCACUCUCCUUGGGAUUGCCUUUCUCAUCUUCUGCUUUGGAUGGUAUGCAGCUCACAUCUUGACAGUGGUGGUUGCAAGCUAUUUUAUCAUCAUCAGUGCUGACAUCAACAAUGUACACAAGUACUCCAUGGUGACAGCUAUGGGCUAUCUGACAGUGUGCCAUGUGAACAGAGCCCUCGUCUUUAGCUAUGGAGUACUGUCCACUGACUUCUCUGGGCCUCUGAUGAUAGUAACUCAGAAGAUCACCACACUGGCUUUCCAGCUCCAUGACGGUAUGUGUAAGAAAUCUGAACAGCUGACCCCAGAGCAGAAGCUUCUGGCGAUAAAUGCGAGGCCUUCUCUCAUCGAGUACCUGAGUUACAGUCUGAACUUCCUGAGUGUCUUGGUGGGACCGUGCAGUAACUAUAAGGACUACAUAGACUUCAUAGAGGGCAGACACAUCAGCCGGAGGCUCAGGCAGCACUCUGGGACGUGUAACGGACAGAAUAGCUAUGAUAAGACACCGGACCCGUCACCUCUGGCUGCUGUCUGUCAGAAGCUGCUCAUCUGCUCUGGCUGUAUGCUGGUCUUCCUCGUUGUGACUCGGUCCCUGCCGAUAACAUACAACGUGGACUCCCACUUUGUCAGCCAUGCCCCCUUCCUUACAAGGCUCACCUACGCUUUCUUCUCCAUACAAGCAGCAAGGCCCAAAUUCUACUUUGCCUGGACACUAGCUGAUGCCGUGAACAACGCUGCAGGGUUUGGUUUCUUGGGGAUGGAUGAAAAUGGAAAGCCAUCAUGGGAUCUCAUCUGCAACAUCAACAUCUUGGGGAUUGAGUCUGCAACCAGCUUCAAGACAUUCAUAGACAACUGGAAUAUUCGAACGGGAAUUUGGCUCAAAACUGUGUGUUAUGACCGAGCUCCCAAGCACCGGUUGGCGUUGACCUUUAUCCUGUCUGCCCUGUGGCAUGGUGUUUAUCCAGGGUACUAUUUUACCUUCAUCACCGCCAUCCCCAUCACCAUUGCUGCACGAGCAAUACGGAAGUCUGUUCGCCACUGCUUCUUGGGCUCCAGAGGCUUGAAGCUGGGCUACGACAUCUUAACCUGGGCAGCCACACAACUGGCCAUCUGCUACACUGUCAUGCCUUUUCUACUUCUUGCAGUAGAGCCCACUUUGGUUUAUUACAAGUCCAUGUACUUCCACGUGCACAUCAUCAGCAUUCUGGCUGCGAUCGCCCUGCAUCAGAAACACAAACCCAGGGACCCCUCUGCUACCACUAAAACGUUUUCCUCCGCCUCCUCCUUCUCAUCUCCAUGCUCAGCCCGGUGCCAGCCUGUUCACUCCAACAACAAUGACAAAGUAGACUGAAAAUCCCCUGCUUCGUGUUCUUUUACCAGGUUCUCAGUCCACGGUGUUCUCUCAAAGACAAGCGAAUAUCCCUGAAGGACAUUCAGCCAAUUUAAAGUAGGAAACCAUUUUGUUAUUUAUUUUUUUGAACCUAUGGCACUGGAUGUACAUGGGAAGAGCUUUUCUGGCAUAUUGUAAGAUUAAGACAGUGCAUCAAACAUAAGCUGAAGACUGGAAAGAGAAACAUUAGCAGAGGGAACGUCUCUGGUACCACUAUAACUACCACCAGGACCCUUGCCUCCCUUCACUUUCCCCAUCCAGUAUCCCCUACAUUCCCUUCUCAACACCAGCCUACCCGCUCCAACAACAAUGCAACAGUGUGACAAGAGAAAGGACGCUCACUUUCUUCCCUGUCCUCUCUCUGCACUGUCCAGCCCAGUGGUGGGAUGUAAGCCAGCGCAGAGGGAGAGCAGCUCAUAAACAGGGCACAAAUACCAGAACACACACACACAAACACAAGCACAUGCAUAAACAGACACUAGGAAAAAAAUAUGCACAUACUCUCUUUUAGUCGCACUCGUACUUGGUCACACUCUGAUGGCACACAAAGGCUGCCCUUGUGUGGCCACAACAAAAGAGCAUGCCAAGGGGAUAGAGAGCCUGCCGUGUACGCGCUGCACCCACUGUGCCCAGAGGAUGUAUAUGUGUGUGUGUGUGUGUGUGUGGCUGUGUCUGUGUGCGAUCGUUUACCCUCUGUUACCCUCUGACCGUGUAUGUGUGUGUGUGGAUCUUGUCAUGAAAAACUGUGGACUCUGUCGGUAUUUCUCCCGCUUGGUGGAAAGCCACUUGAAAUACCAGUUACACCACAUAGCUCUCAAACUAUCCAUUAAAACCAUAACUAUUUAAAAAGGCAGGAUGACAGCUCCUCCAGGUGAGGAGACUUGACUAUCCUCUAGAACAAGUUAACAUUUUGUUAUAGUUUCCAUGGAUAAUCCUGCCUCGCUAAACCCCUGUAAACACAAAGGAAAGGCUGCUGCUUGUGACAGUUUGCAUCGGACGCUGAAUUGUUAUAAAUAGUGUAAUAUAAAAAGAAAUAGUGCAAUAUGAGCACAAACUGAAGCUAAAAAAAAAAAGCGUCACAAUAAUUUAAUCAUUCUACUUUCUCCUGGUAAUAUCUUUUUUUUUGUGCUGAAAUGGUAGUGAAUGUGUUCUUAAUGUGUUAGUACUUAUCAUGUGAACGGUGCUGGAAACCUGCUGUCAUAAUUUAGUGUAACUGAACAAAAAGCUGUGGCAAAACUGAGUGGAAAUACAUUUGAUUUUUUUCUGUUUUUGGGAAGGUAACCAUUGCACAUUCAAAGAAUGGAAAAUAUGACCAAAAUCAGGAGUUUAAAUGUAAAAUGUAUUUCUUGUCAGUGGGAGUUUGGCUCUGUGUUCAUUCUGUGGUUCUUUCUGAGAAAGAACGCAUUUAAAAGUGUAGAUUUACCGGAGCUUAUCAGCAGCUGCAGGUUGAUUUAACAGAGACAUCUGCUGGUUGUUUGCGCUGUCUGAGCUGCUGUCUGAGCUCUGCUGAAGUAAGUAGUGAAGGUAAGCCAUGUAGGACUGACUGAAACUGCCACACUGUAGCAUCUCCCAAUGCUGCUUCACACUGACCAUGACCUGAUCACCUUUUUUCCCACUAAUAACGCAAUUUACUUUGGCAAAAUUCUCGAUUCCUUCACUUCACUUCACUAGCUUUUACUUUUUCACAAUCAGAAGCUGUUGGAUCACAAGUUGUGAUUAGAGGUGAGCUGAACACGGUGAAAAACAAAGACAUCUUCACAUUCUGUAAUUAUUAAUUAUUAUUCUGUUUUUUUUUUCUUUGUUAUGAAAAAGUUAUCACUCAUGAGAGGUUUGGGAGCAUUGGGAGUUUUAAAAGCGACACAGUGGCUUUGUUAUUAAUGGUGCUAUCUGCUGCAGGCUAGCCUGUGAGUUUUCUGCUACAGUUAUGAGUUGGAUAUAAAGAGGUUUGCUAACAAUGCUAACAAGUUGCAAUGCAAUAAUACUUUUUUUUGUUUUUUUUUUGUUAGUGUAACAGUUCCUGGUGAAGAAAAAUUACAUUACACUUGAAAAUGUCAGAUUCUCCCUUCAAAUGCUUUGUAUGGGUUUCCUUAUGGAAAUGAUAUUUUCUUUUGGGUAUACCAUGUUAAGAGCAUAUCUGACUGUUUAACCAUGUUGGACAUAUGAUUUUAAUUUUAAUGUAUUUUAUUAGCUUUGAAAUUGUAAUCUCAGCUUUUUGGGCACAGGAAAAAUGUAUAUUUUGGACUCAGUUCACACAUUGACUCAGCCCUCUGAUGAAAAAAGAAAAUCAAAGGCUGGUGUUUUAUUUUCCUAUCAUGUGACAGAACAUGUGUCACAUGAAAAUGACACUGUCAACUGUGUUCACAGACAAGCGCUGAUAUGAGGGGAAGGGCGGCAUUGCAUCGAAUUAAUACUAAUUAUUAAAUAAAUACCACAGGGGAAUUAUUCAAGAUUUUAGGUGAAACAAGAAGUGGGGGAGUGUGCAUGUUAACCUAUUGUUUGUCUCCCUUGGCAAAUUAGUACAAAUCUCUUUCUAUUUUUUUUUUAAUCUCUUGGGUCAUUCUGUAAGAGUAAAGAUGGGGAUAUUUAAUUUUUGUUAAUUAUUUUAAUGUUUGACUACACAAUAGUGCCUCUCUUGGAGUAAGUGUCAGUAGUGAAUGGUUUGGGGACCUGUAGCCAUUUUUUGUGCAGGCUGUUUUGCAUUCAGUUACAUUUAGACCUGGAAAGAAAAGAACCUAAAUGCCGAUGGUAAUACACAUUGUCCCCACAACAGACACUGUCCAACACCAACUGCAUCUAAACUCCUCGAAAGGCGUCUGUGUGCUAAAAACUGAAAAUGCUCUUCCCAAGUAUGGCUUUGCUAUAACAUGAAAUUGCUUUUGUGAAACAAAGCCCUCAUUCACUGAUGUGGAACUAGUUGUAACCUUUAAAUUUGUUUUGGUUAUCAGUAACAUGCUCAUGACACUGUAUGUCUGCAUGUGUUUUUAGUGCAGGGAAAUGAGCAAUGAGCGGCACAUAUACAGUAUGAAUGUGUUGUCAGAAUGAGCAGCUAUUUGAAUGACUUAAUACUGAUUAUGAAGAUAUUUUUGUAUGUGGUUUUUUUGCAGACGUGUGUGAGAUCAAAUAUACUGACUGUGAGAGUGUGAGCGCGAUAUUUUCUUAUUACCCCUUUGGUCCACUUUAGUAUUGUUUUGUAGGAAAGAGUGAGUGGUAUAGAAAUUUUGAGUAACAAAUAAAGCUUCAGUGA